AUGGAAUACUCCCGCGAGCAGAAAGCGUUCACAGAGGUCAUCCAGAUUUGGCAUGUGGUACGAGCUGAAGACAUUCAGAACAAGGCCGACACCGUGCUGCAGCAAUGGCGGGCCACCGACCGGAAAUUCGAAGGUGUGAAAAAGGCGCUCCGGAACCAACCGCUGCAGAAAAAGGGCCAGACCCGCUAUCCGCGCAGCGUAGCCGAAAGCGAGUUGCAAGACAGUGACGUUUUCUCGGUCCGAAAGUUCUUCACGUUGGACCAGCAGAUGUUGCGUUCCAUUACCAUGGAGGACGAGCAUGCAGGCGACCGUCAUCGAAAAGCAACUUGGUGGCGAUCUGUGGUAAGAAGGGCCCUGCCAUUGUCAUUGGGCGCAGUGGUUCUGGCAAGCUGCGUGUAUCGCCUGUUCUUUCAACACUUGACGUACUGGCAGAAAUCUGCCAAGGCUGAUGGUGCGGCACUGGUGCCGACGGGCAAUGGAAACGAACUGGUCCAUCUGCACCAGGUCUUCGUAACUCACUCUGCCAGCCUGGCCAACAAGGUGUUGGAGUACUUCUCCAACCUCCAAGCCCAAGCAGCUGAGGCGACUGGGCUACAGACCAAACUACUGGAACAGACGAGGCUGCCCGAUACCUUGAAGGGGCUCAAGACCUUCCCGUUGUUUCUCACGUUCCGGAAGUUUAUCAUUAUGGUGGAUGGCUCGCUGGAGAAGCGCUUCUUUCCGCGGCGCCAUACGGGUCAGCUCCACCCUGACAAGGUCCUGAUGGCCGAAGCUCCCGAUGCCCUGGACCCCAUCAGCGCCCUGCGGGAGCACCACCGCACCGCGCAGCGGGCGCAGGCCGUGAACCAGGCGAAGACGGCGAGCUCAGAGAACCAGCGGAAGACGGAGGUGGACUACGAGCUCUUCAAGAGCAAAUUCUGGCCCAAAAUCUCGCCCCAUGCGCCACGGGAGUGCGAUGCAUCGUUGCUGUGGCGAGAAAUCCAAUCCUUCAUCAAGGGAUCCUACAAAGUGAUGGACACGGAGGAGGGGCACUUGAGCCUCGCCCUCUACGAAGAGGUGGCGAAGAAGGCUUCCCCAGGCUUUGAAGACCACCGACGUCAGAUCUACAAGGCGUUCGAAGCCUACGAACAGCUGCGCAAAGAGUGGAACUGCUUCGACAGGAUGGACGUGAGUUUCCACGUGCUGAAAGAGUUGAAGAAGCGGCCCUACGUGGGGCCACCCAUCCAUUCCGUGGCGGUGGAUGAAGUGCAAGACCUGGCGCAGAUUGAGCUGGCCAUCUUCUUCAUGAUCAUGAAGAAGCCUUACGAGGAGCUCUUCAUCACAGGUGACACCUCCCAGACCGUGUCGCGCGCCGUGGACUUUCGCUUCUGCGAUCUGCGGUCGCUGUUCCACCACUUCGAGGUAGCGGUUCCGGAGCUGGAUCAGCUGAUCAUCAACUAUCGCUCGCAUCAGAAGAUCCUGGCAUUGUCGCACAAGGGCGUGGUGCGACUGCUGGAGUUGGCCUUUCCCCACGCCAUCGACAAGUUGCAGCCGGACGAGGGCCAUCGCGACGGACAGAAACCCGUGGUGGUGGAUGAUGUGCCACUGGAGGACCUAGCACAACACGUCUUCAACUUGGAUGGCUGCAGUGCAGGCAUUGCCUUCGGUGCCAGCCAAGUCAUCCUGGUGCGCAACGAAGAGUCGCGCGCACGGCUGCCGCCGGCCCUCAGGAAUUGCCUGGUGCUGACGGUGGAGGAAGCGAAGGGGCUGGAGUUUGAUGAUUGCAUCUUGGUGAAUUUCUUCCGGGAUUCCAAUUACAAGGAGUGGCAGACAGUGAAGAUCUUUCUGCAAGAGUUGCUCGACGAGGAUUCCAAGGACUCCGAGUCCAAGCGACCGCGCUUCGACAGGCUACGGCACACCCUGCUGUGCUCGGAGCUGAAACAUCUCUACACCGCGAUGACGCGCACGAAGCAUGUGCUGCUGAUCAUCGAGGAGGACAAAGAGCAGGCGGAUCACAUGUUCGAGUUGUGGAAGAAGAUGGACCUGGUGAACUUCGGCCUGAUGCAGGAGGAGAAUGCUGAGGCGAGACAUUUGAUCCACGAGCACGCGGGCAAGAAUCGAGGAAAGGACUCCUGGUGCAACAUGGGCCACAACUUGAUGAAGAGGCAACUGUACCGACAGGCCCAGAGCGCCUUCCAGCGCGGUGAAGACGAGAACAUGGCCAAGAUUUGCGAAGCUUACAUACUGGCGCAGGAGGCGGCAAGAACCAUGGAAGAACAAGAGGCUGAAGGCGUGCGUCUCUUCCAAGAAGCCGCCGAGCUCUUCGGACAACGCGGCGCGCAAGAGGAACAGGCGCAGUGUUUGCUGCAAGGCCAACGACCUCUGCAGGCGGCCAAGAUCUUCGAGGAGCUGGGAGAUAAGAUCAAGGCGGCGCAAGCCUACGUGGUGGCCGGGGACUACAAAAAGGCCGCCAGGCUCUACGAGGAGGCGCAGCACGUGCGGGAGGCCGUGGAGAACUUUCUGCAAGCUGACGACGUCGACAAUGUGAAGCGCUUGGUGUCGGAGGCGCACAGCAAUGACACCCUAAGCACCGAGGAGUGCUUUCGAUAUUUGCAGGACACCGAUGCCCAUGAUGUGGCAGGCGAACUGUUCUUCAAGGAGGGGAACUAUGAACAAGCUGCGUCCUGCUUUCAGAGUGCUGGACUCCUGCAAGAAGAGGCAAAGUGCUACCUCAAGUUGGGUCAGCCCCUGCUGGCAGCAGAUAGGCUCAGUGCCAGUGAAGAUUCGGGGGAAUUGCUCCAAGCCGCCAACCUCUACAGCGAGUUGCAGGAGGAGGUCAAAGAGGUGAAGUGCUGCAGGGCCAUUCUGGAGAUGCAGAGGAUCGACGAGAACGACCUGAUGCUGCAGCGCUGCAUUCGGCUGCACCAGAGGCUCGGGGAGUGGCGCAGUGCAGCACAGCUGUUGGAGAAGACGGACGCGGCGCAGAACUUGGCGACGGCCGUGGCAUACUACGAGCAGGUGAAAUGCUUCGAGGAAGCUGGGCGAGUCUGCGAGCGUCUGACGCCGAAAGACAUGGACGGCAAUCCAAAUGUCAACAACCGAUGGUUGCACAAGGCCUUACAGCUCUACCGGGAAGGUGGUCACACUGCAAAGCAGCUGCGCGUUUUGGAGCAUUUGGGCCAGUGGCAGGAGUGUGGCCAGCUGGCGCGCAAGUUGAAGGAUUUCCCCCGCGCUGCCGAGUUCUUCCUGAAGGUCCUUGACUUCAACGCCGCCGUGGAAAGCCGCUUGGACGCCAAGGACUUCGGAGGAGCGCACAGCCUCCUGAAAUCAACGAGUUUCCUGGGAUCAACGGGCAUCGAUGAGAUGAAGCUGGAGAUCAGGUGCUUAGAAGGCCUUCAGAAGUAUGGUGAGGCAGCGCGCAUCUACAUGAAGAUCUUGCCAGAAGGCGCUGAGCGUGCUAAGAUGGCCCUGAAAGCAUUCGAAUUGGCUAUGAAGUGCAAAAAGACAUCCAAAGACUUUUUCAUGGAGUUUAGCCAUGAGAUGCCAGACCCCAAGAUUGCGCUGCAGUACUUCUUGGAGGUGGCCGACGCGGAGCAGAUCUGCGAGCAGCUGAUGAAGCUUGAGAAGCAUCUGGCGGCGGUUGCGGCUGCUUCCAUCCUGGGAGAACCUGUGAAGGCCAUCCAGCUGCUGGAUCAGAAGCCAGUCCAGGACCGCGACUGGUGGGUCCUGGAAAUCCUCCUGGUGGCGACUAAGCAGAAUCUGGGACGAGAGAAGCUCUUGCCUCUUCUGGAGUAUGUAAAUGAUGUGUGGGAACGUGCCCAGGAACUUGAAGACAUCGCCUAUCUGGACUACGUUGACUCCGUGAUCUCGAGACGCUGCGGGAGGAAGCAAGGGAAGACCGAGCUUCGCAAAUCCUGGACGCAGGCACAGGGAAAGUUGCAGGAAGUGGACAGCCUUGCGUUCUGCCAAGAGCUCGCUCUACAUGGCAGCGAAAAGGAUCUGACUUGGACGCUUCAACAAUUGGACUGGUACAUUGAAGAGGUCUUGCGAAGCUCUUGGUACAAACAGACCGGCAAGGGCGUCAAGGAGAGCAAAGAGAUUCGGAGCCUUCUGGAGAGGUACUACCAGGCGACACCGGAUUUGCACCAAGUCUUUUACGAGACGCUCAGAUGGCUCGGUCUCCCGAGCCUGGACCAGAAGAAGGUGAUCCCUAGAUGCCAUCGACUCGCAGCAAAAUGUCAGGAGGUUCAAGGCUUCUCGGGCGUGCUUCAGCUGGACCCCAGCGCCAUCCUGUUGGACUUAGAGGAGUGCCGCUUGGAACUUCUGCGAAAGUUGGACAGCCUCUGCAAGAGAGCGGAAGACUUCUGCAAGCCGCCCGGGCUCUGGUUGCGCGCCAUGGGUGCGGCCGAGGAGCGAAAGGUUGACUUCAAGGAUGGCUUCCACUCCAGCUUGCGGGCAUGGGCAUCCCGUGGGAAAGGAUAUCUCAGUCAAGAGGUGCGGCAGAUGAUCCCAGAGGCCGUGAAAGAUCUGUGGCACAAAGCACGGCAGGAUGCGGAGCACAUCCUGAGGAACAAACGUAGCACGAGCAAAGAGUUUAAGGAGGCAGCCCAGACACUCCAGCGGAUCAUCAAGGAGAUGGUUCAACUCCUCCGCGAAGCGGGCUCCUACAACGAGUCAAUAGCGCAGUCGCUCAGUGAUCUGGUACUGGAGGGCUUGAAGGUGUUGAUGCCAAUUUGCCCCGAACAUGUCACUCAAGAGUGCAAAGCACGCGACAAAUGUCCUUUGGAUCAUCCAGAGGUGGGCAAAACUCACGAAGCCCGCCAGCUGCUGAACUUAAAGAAAGGCAGUCCCAAGCCCAUUUUUGAUGGCCUGGGCCUUCACGCGUGGCUGCAGCUGGUGAAUGUUUGCUCAAAGAAGGUUCGAACUGGCGAGUGCACUUCUUCCCACUGCCCGUGGCUCCACCCUGAAGAUCGGAUGCUGCAGACGAUGCAAGACGCUUUGAGGGAAAAGCAGGGGCAGACUUCGUACUACGGUCUCAAGUUCAACUUCAAGCACUUGCACGGCCUUGAAACAGUGGCGCAGGCUUUGCACGAUGACAAAUGCAAGAUCCCACAGGGCUUCGGCUGCUGUUUGUUCAAGGAUGAAGAGAUGAUGCUGAAUGUGCGCCUGGUGACCAUUCUGGCUUCAGCAAUGUUCCAGGAGAGUUACGGCGACUUGGGCCUGGAUGCUUGCCGGGAGGUGUUGAAGCGCAUGUGCCGCAGCCUCUACCGCUACCCUGAUCCGGAGGCCGCGGAGCUGGCGAAGAAAACGCUCCAGGAGAUUCGAAACUUGAAGAUCUUGCAACAGCUUUCCCACGACAUCACUUGGGAAGUUGACGGCGCAGCGGAGGUGGAAAAUGAGCGAUGCUUGCUGUCUCUUCUCCUUGGCCGUGAUGAGAACCAAAAACAAGAGAAGCGGCGUGUGUCCGCACCCGUCGGGGCAACUUUCAGGUUCAAUCCCAACGCAGAAGAGUUCAAGCCUAUUGCAAGCAUCUACAAGUCGCCGGCGCCGGCGCCUCCAGGUUCACGACGCGUUUGGGAAGGCAAUGCUGCGCGGGAUUUGUCGUGGCAGAAGAAGAACAUCGACCAGAUCUUGGGGGAGGCUGCUCAAGGAGCGCCUUCCAGGCAACCCAUCGGAGGAAAUGGCGAGGCUUGGUGAAAUCUGACAACCCUUGAUCCACUUCAACGAGUUGCCGGAGAUUGCUGCAGCGGAUGACGAGGCCGUAUGGAGACCGUCCAUGGCAAGUUCUUCAUCUGCCCGAUGAUUUGCCAAGUAAUGUCCAGCACUGGAGCAACGUUGGGUGAAGCUGUCAUCACCGUCACCCUGAAUCUGGAACAAGCUGAGGGCAGCAGAAGGCUUCGAAGGCAGCCAAAUCCGGCGUACUUUUAAUUAAUGUAACUGGUCAAUCCAUCAAGAGGAUGGCAUUUGUUCCUGACCGAUUUGUGUAGACCAUGUUUUGAGCAUUUCAUAGACCGCGAUCCACCUGAACCGAUUUGCCCUAGCAAAG